UCUCCUACAAAUACAUAAAGGGAACAUAUUCUUUGUAGUACUUUAAAUUAAUACUCCAUUCGUCCUAAUUAAAGCUGAUGGGUAUAUCCUUAUACCCGGCCUGAAUAACCGAAAGGGACAGGUCAAAAUAUGACCGGUCACUUUCUUCAAUCACCAAAUGAGGACAACUCUUCGAUUGAGAUUGGUCCAAAGUUGACCGGUCACUCUCCUUAAAAAGUGACCGGUCACAUUUUGGGCAAUAACCAAAAUGUCACCUAAUGUUAUGGAGGAUAUUCCGGAAGACCAAAGAGACGGGUUGAACUCAAGAAAUGACCGGGUAACCUUUGAGGAAAGGUCGGACCUGGUCAACCCACCCAGCUAUAUUUACACCAUCAUUUUUGGCACCGACCGUGGGACCAGAUUUGUGAAGUUUUUCGACCAGGCCCUGAGUGAAAGCACUCCUGCCAUCCCACUGCUGAUGAUGAGCAUGGGGACGACCUUUGCCCCGAUCACCACGGUAGAAUCGAUUGGGAUGAUCCCAAUCAUGUCAACCCCUACUCCUACACCAACGACGACAAUGUUCCCAUGCUCGAUAACAACACCUGGGGGAGCAUUCACACCAUAUCCAUCAAGCUUGGCUCAAUUUUUCGCUGACCCGGCAAAUGCUCAGGCUCUACAGGGCUAUCAACAGGUGAUGUCCAUGAUGCAACAGGCAGGGGGCUUCAUGCCAUUUGCUUAUCAUGGCAUGAUGGCACCAAUCAUGAUGAUCCCUAUACACCCGGUGAAUUUGACAGGGGCCAUGGACAUGGCGACACCCUCAAUAGCUAAGCCCAGCAAGACCCGAGAUUCAGCGUUCAAACGCCUGGGUGAUAAAGAGUCUGCCAAGCUACGUCUUGGUCUUGAGAUGGGUCGGACUAGCGCGAUGGAAAGACUUGGCGGGAGUCGUCCAGCCCAAUCACGUCGUUCUAGGGAAUCUGAGACGAUUCACCUAGACGAGGAAGAGACCGAAAGUCAGCCCAGGGCGUCGGCAUACACCAAGCUCUCAUAUGAUGAGGAUGACUUGCACAAGAUAGAGAGCGUAGCAAGAAAGCUACGCGCCUUGGAGGAAAAAGUAGAAGAGAAGGCAGGAGCAAAGAAGCACACCCUGGAAAAAUCACCUUUUUCGGCCAGGGUACAUGCACACACAUUAAGGCGGAAGAUCAAGUUGGACAUGGAGAAAUUCACUGGAAAGGAGGAUCCAAACGUCCACCUUGACACCUUCCAUAAUGCAACGCAAAUGGCCGGGUGCACUGAUGCUAAGGAGUGCCUACUCUUCUUCUCAUCCUUGAGAGGGAGGCCAGUGGAAUGGUUUAACAGCCUUCCUCAUGGUAAAAUAGGGUCCUUUGAGAAACUUGCUGAGGUUUUCCGCAAGAAGUACCAGGACAAUUGCAUCAAGAGGAAGAAGUUUACCUACAUUAAUACGGCCGAGGCGGAGGUCUUGAACAAGAGCAAGCGGGAACUGGAGGAAGGCUAUACAAGGGUGAAAUCCGAUAAGCCGAAGGAGGACGACCAGAUGGGAGGGUCCAAGCCAAGGGCCACAUAUGAUGGAACGGUCCAUCAAAUCAGGGAUGAGAAGAAAGGGGAACAACCCAAGAGGCCCUGGACAGAGAAGUGGUGUACCUACCACCAAUCUGACUCCCACAACACGGCGGACUGCCGAAAUGUCAAGGUUGUGCUCAAGGAGAUGGCCUUGAAGGAAGAGCUUGGGGAAGGUUAUGCAAUUGGUCAUAAGAAGGAUCCAAAAACAAAUACCUGGACCCGUCCUCAGGAAAAAGAUCAUGGGAGGAGAAGAGCGGAAGAACUGGGCCAGGAGCCUGCACGUAGCGGUGGUUUCCCUGAAUCACAAGGGAAGCAGGCAAGGAGAGAGCCUAUCACUUUCACUGAUAGGGAUCUGCCCAGAACGGGGGGAGACCAUAAUGACCCAUUGGUCAUUACAAUGGACAUCAAUGGAGCUGAUGUAGCCAAAGUCUUGGUUGAUACUGGGAGCAGUGUCAAUGUUUUAUACUUGGAUGCUUUUAAAAAGUUAAAACUUGACAGUUCCAUGUUAAGGCCAUUGCAAACUCCAUUAUCAGGCUUCACUAGAGCUAGCAUAGAAGCGGAAGGUCAAAUCACCUUACCAGUUACCUUGGGGUCGGGUAACAGAAUAGUGACCAAACAAAUGAGAUUUGUUGUGGUCGAUAUCAAGUGUGUGCAUAAUGCCAUUCUAGGUAGGCCUGGAAUCAACCAGGUCAGGGCCAUUAUUUUUAUGGCACACUUGUGCAUGAAAUUCUAUACUCCAAAUGGAAUCGGGGAGGAAAGAGGUGAUCAGAAGAAUGCACGAUCCUGUUACCUAGAAGCGGUCAAGAAGAUGACCCGCCAAUUCGAGCAAAUUGAAUUGGUCUCCCAGCAGGUGGACAAGGGUGAGGAGAAGGCUAGGAUCGAACCGGAUGCAAACACGGAGGAGAUCCAGAUUGAUACUUCCAACCUUGAAAGGAAGGUUAGAAUUGGGGCUGAUCUUCAAGAAGAGCUAAGGACUGAGAAUUUCCAGGUGUUGACCAGGUAUAAAUCAUUAUUUUGCCUGGAGUGUUGCUGAUAUGCCCGGGAUUGACCGAUCAGUCAUUUGCCAUCGCCU